AUGCUCACCCUGUCCCUUCUGCCCACAGCCUGCCCGAGCGCGUGCGGGAAGCGGGCGUGCACGGAGAACAACGAAUGCUGCCACCCCGAGUGCCUGGGCGGCUGCACGGCCCCCGACGACGAGGCGGCCUGCGUGGCCUGCAAGCACUACUACCACGAGGGCGUCUGCGUGACCGACUGCCCCCCCAACACCUACCGCUUCGAGGGCUGGCGCUGCGUGGACCGCGACUUCUGCGCCACCAUCCCCAACGCCGACAGCUUCGAGCUGGAGGGCUUCGUGAUUCACGACGGCGAGUGCAUGCAGGAGUGCCCCUCCGGCUUCAUCCGCAACGACAGCCUGAGCAUGUACUGCAUCCCCUGUGAAGGGCCGUGCCCCAAAAUCUGUGAGGAAGACAAGGGGACGAAGACCAUCGACUCGGUGACCUCGGCUCAGAUGCUCCAGGGCUGCACCAUCUUCAAGGGCAACCUGCUCAUUAACAUCCGCAGGGGCAAUAACAUCGCCUCGGAACUGGAGAACUUCAUGGGGCUCAUCGAGGUGGUCACGGGCUACAUCAAGAUCCGCCACUCCCACGCGCUGGUCUCCCUGUCCUUCUUCAAGAGCCUCCGCCAGAUCCUCGGCGAGGACCAGCUGGAGGGGAACUACUCCUUCUACGUCCUGGACAACCAGAACCUGCAGCAGCUGUGGGACUGGGACCACCACAACCUGACCAUCAAGUCCGGGAAGAUGUACUUCGCCUUCAACCCCAAGCUGUGCGUGUCCGAGAUCUACCGCAUGGAGGAGAUGACCGGGGCCAAGGGGCGCCAGGGCAAAGGCGACAUCAACACCAGGAACAACGGCGAGCGGGCCUCCUGUGAGAGCGACAUGCUGCACUUCACCUCCACCAACACCUGGAAGAACCGCAUCAUCGUCACGUGGCACCGGUACCGGCCCCCAGACUACAGGGACCUCAUCAGCUUCACCGUCUACUACAAGGAAGCGCCCUACAAGAACGUCACCGAGUACGACGGCCAGGACGCCUGCGGCUCCAACAGCUGGAACAUGGUGGACGUGGACCUGCCGGCCAACAAGGACAUGGAGCCCGGCAUCCUGCUGCACGGCCUGAAGCCCUGGACGCAGUACGCCAUCUACGUGAAGGCCGUGACGCUGACCAUGGUGGACAACGACCACAUCCGCGGGGCCAAGAGCGACAUCCUCUACCUCCGCACCAACGCCUCAGUGCCUUCCAUCCCCCUGGACGUCAUCUCCGCCUCCAACUCGUCCUCCCAGCUGAUCGUCAAGUGGAACCCGCCCUCCCUGCCCAACGGCAACCUGAGCUACUACAUCGUGCGCUGGCAGCAGCAGCCGCAGGACGCCUACCUGUACCAGCACAACUACUGCUCCAAAGACAAGCUCCCCGUCCGCAAGUACACGGACGGCACCUUCGACAUCGAGGAGGUGACGGAGAACCCCAAGGCCGAGUCGUGCAACACGCCCAAGGGGCCCUGCUGCGCGUGUCCCAAAACCGAGGCCGAGAAGCAGGCGGAGAAGGAGGAGGCCGAGUACCGCAAAGUCUUCGAGAACUUCCUGCACAACUCCAUCUUCGUGCCCAGGCCCGACAGGAAGCGCAGGGACGUGGGGCAGAUCUCCAACACCACCCUUUCCGGCCGGAGCAGGAACAGCACGGUGACGGACCCCUUCAACAGCACGGACUCGGACGACAGGGAGACGGACUACCCUUUCUUCGAGAGCAGGGUGGACAAGAAGGAGAGGACCGUCAUCUCCAACCUGAAGCCCUUCACCCUCUACCGCAUCGACAUCCACAGCUGCAACCACGAGGCCGAGAAGCUGGGCUGCAGCGCCUCCAACUUCGUCUUUGCGAGAACCAUGCCUGCAGACGGAGCGGAUGACAUUCCCGGGCCGAUAACCUGGGAGGUGAAGCCUGACAACACCAUCUUCUUAAAGUGGCCCGAACCGGAGAAUCCCAAUGGACUGAUUCUCAUGUACGAGAUAAAGUACGGAUCGCAGUCGAGGUAAGACGGGGCCGGGGACCGUGUCCGCGACCAGCGGGAGUGCGUGUCGCGGCAGGACUACCGGAAGCACGGCGGGGCCAAGCUGCAGAAGCUCAGCCCGGGCAACUACACGGCCCGCAUCCAGGCCACCUCUCUGUCGGGGAACGGGUCCUGGACGGAGCCCGUGUUCUUCUACGUCCAGGACAAAGCAGCGUUUGACAGCCACGCCCACCUGGUCAUCGCGCUGCCCAUCGCCAUCGUGCUGACCGUCUUGGGGCUGGCCCUCACGCUGUACAUCAUCCACCGGAAGCGUAAUCGGAUGGGCAAUGGAGUGCUGUACGCCUCUGUGAACCCGGAGUAUUUCAGCGCGGCCGACGUGUACGUGCCCGACGAGUGGGAGGUGGCCCGGGAGAAGAUCACCAUGAACCGGGAGCUGGGCCAGGGCUCCUUCGGCAUGGUGUACGAGGGCGUGGCCAAGGGCGUGGUCAAGGACGAGCCGGAAACCCGGGUGGCCAUCAAGACCGUCAACGAGUCGGCCAGCAUGCGGGAGCGGAUCGAGUUCCUCAACGAGGCUUCGGUGAUGAAGGAGUUCAACUGUCACCACGUGGUGCGUUUGCUGGGCGUGGUGUCCCAGGGCCAGCCGACCCUGGUCAUCAUGGAGCUCAUGCCCCGCGGAGACCUCAAGAGUUACCUCAGGUCUCUGAGACCGGAAAUCGAGAAUCACCCCGUCCUCUCACCGCCAACCCUCAGCAAGAUGAUCCAGAUGGCCGGGGAGAUCGCGGACGGCAUGGCGUACCUCAACGCCAACAAGUUCGUCCAUAGAGACCUUGCUGCCCGGAACUGCAUGGUGGCUGAAGAUUUGACCGUCAAGAUCGGAGACUUCGGCAUGACUCGCGACAUCUACGAGACCGACUAUUACCGGAAGGGCGGGAAGGGGCUGCUUCCUGUGCGCUGGAUGUCCCCCGAGUCCCUCAAGGACGGCGUGUUCACCACCCACUCUGAUGUCUGGUCCUUUGGCGUCGUGCUCUGGGAGAUCGCCACGCUGGCCGAGCAGCCCUACCAAGGCCUGUCCAACGAGCAGGUCCUGCGCUUCGUCAUGGAGGGCGGCCUUCUGGACAAGCCCGACAACUGCCCCGACAUGCUGUUCGAGCUCAUGCAGGUGUGCUGGCACUUCAACCCCAAGAUGAGGCCUUCGUUCCUGGACAUCAUUGGCAGCAUCAAGGACGAGCUGGAGCCCGGCUUCAUCGAGGUGUCCUUCUACUACAGCGACGAGAACAAGCCGCCCGACACCGAGGAGCUGGACCUGGACGCCGAACACCUGGAGUGCGUGCCCCUGGACCCCUCGGCCUCCUGCUCCUCCCUGCCGCUGCCCGAGCGCCACUGCCCGCACCACCACCACCACCACCACGAGGGCCACGAGCGCUACUGCCGCCACCACCACGAGGGCCGAGAGCGUUACUGCCGCCACCACCACGAGGGCCGCGAGCGCCCCUGCCCGCACCACCGCCCCGAGAGCGGCCGCGAGCGCGAGCGCCCCUGCCCGCACCGCCCCGAGAACGGCAUUGGCCACCGCGUGCUGGUCUACCACCGGGCCAGCUUCGACGAGAGGCAGGCGUACGCGCACAUGAAUGGGGGGCGCAAGAACGAGAGGCCCGUGCCUCUGCCGCAGUCCUCCACCUGCUGAAGUGGGACCCGGUCCCGCGGAGCAGGGCCCCAUGUGUGUGUGUGUGUGCG